AUGUCUGAGAAUCGAGAGAGCAUCGCAAAUCGCUCCUGGGUUUCUUUUUCUUCUCCCCACCUUUGGGCCUUUUGUAUUGCUACAAUCGCUCUACGACUUUUUGUCAGCAAUGUUGGCUUCUUCGCGUCGCCGAAACACCAUGACUCUCUCUUCUGGUCUGCUAAGCAACAAGGGAAUAUUCUGUCGAUAUGCGCAAGUCUAGAAAGUGUUCCGGGAGUCGUAGAGUCAGACUUUAUCACUCGAGAUACAUCUGAUAGGUACGAGCCAGGAACUAAUGCGACUUUGAUCAAGAAUGCAACGAUCUUCACGGGAGAAAUCUCGGAUGGUGAAAAGGUGGUUUUGACACGCUCAGAUAUCCUAUUAGAUAUGGGGAUCGUAAAAGCCAUUGGGAACCUUUCACUCACUUAUGGAGACUCGAACAUAUCUGUCGUCUAUGCCAAUGGGGCUUGGGUCACCCCAGGAUUAAUCGACCUUCACUCCCACCUUGGUGUCAUGAGUAUUCCGCUGACCGAGGGCGCAUCCGACGCAAACUCAAAAAAAGGACCGACAGUUCCUUGGUUGCGAAGCAUCGACGCUUUGAACACCCAUGACGAUGGAUUCAAGCUUGCAGUCGCCGGCGGCGUCACUUCGGUGAAGGUGAUCCCGGGGAAUCUGAACGCUAUUGCGGGUGAGGCAUUCAUGAUCAAGACUCGACCUACCUCAAAGCGGUCUCCCUCUUCGAUGGUCAUUGAGCUUCCCGACCUCUGGAAUGUAACAAAGCAAGAGGGGAAGUAUGUACCCUGGCGCUAUCUUCAUCAAGGCUGCGGUGAAGACCUGAUAGUAUACAACUUGACUCGCAUGGACACGAUGUGGACCUUGAGAUCAGCAUAUAUUGAGGCUCUUCAACACAAAAAAGUUCAAGAUGGAUAUUGCGCUGAUGCUCAAGCAGGUCUAUGGGCGUCCCUUCCUACUGAAUUUCCACGGAGUGUGAAAUGGGAACUGUUAACCGAGGUUCUACGAGGCAAAGUGAAGGUUUCAGUUCACUGUAACGAAGCUGUCGAUAUCGAUAGCAUGAUUAGGCUGUCAAACGAAUUUCAAUUCCCUAUCUCUGUUUUUCACCAAGCUUCAGAAGCCUGGCUUGUUACGAACGGUGUUUUGAACGAAACAUGGGGAGGAGCGCCAGCAGUCUCUCUUUACGCGACUAAACAUAGAUCCAAACGUGAAUCAUUCCGAGGGUCGGAGUUUGCGCCUCGAACGUUGGCUGAAGCCAACAUAUCCAUUGCGAUGCAGGUACGCGUAUCUCCGGCUAUGAGUUCUAGGGAUCUUAUGUUUGAAGCGCAACAAGCAUAUCAUUUUGGCCUUCCUGCACACCUUGCCCUUGCGUCGGUCACAUCGGUUCCUGCUAUGAUUGCGGGUCUUUCACACAGGAUCGGCAAACUACGAGAAGGAUGGGAUGCUGACGUCGUUAUGUGGGACUCACAUCCUUUGAGGGUGGAAGCAACUGCAGCGAUGGUUUGGAUCGAUGGUGCCCUUCAAAUCCCCUCUCCAGCUUACAAGCCUGCAAUGAAUAUUGCAAAUCCCGAAAGACGGAAAAUGCCUACAGCGCCCAACUGGGAUAAGGAAAGACUUACCGCUUCAGUGUGGGAUGGACUCCCCCCUUUGAGUAACCGUAAAGAAGACAGGAAGAUCGUCUUCUACAAUGUCAAAGAAGUUUGGACGCGUCGCUCUAAUGGGGACAUUGAGGAGAUUUUCCCUUCACCUACAGAUCCCGACAUGAAUGGACGCGGCAGAGUUGUGGUUGAACGCGGGAGCCUUAUAUGCGUCGGAGGCAAUGAUAUGUGUUUGGUUAGUGAGUAUGACGCAGUCGACUACAUUAACCUUCACGGGGGUUCCAUAUCACCUGGACUGCACGCAUACGGUACAAGUCUUGGCCUGGAAGAGAUACCUUCCGAACCAUCCACAGGAAGUGGUCACACGAUUUACAAUCCUUUCAUGGACGAUAUUCCGCAGAUUCUUCAUGAUGUUGGUGGCAUAACUCGGGCAGCAGACGCCUUGACUUUCGGAACACGGAAUGCCAAAGUAGCAUAUCGUAGUGGGGUAACAGCUGCAACUUCCUAUUUGACCGGACCACAAGGAGCCUACCCUCGCGUCGUCUUAGGGCUGUCAACGACUUUCCGAACUGGAUCGGCUCAUAGUAUGCAAUACGGAGCUGUAAUACAGGAUGUUACUGCGCUCCACAUUUCAAUAGCUAUGCCCACUGUCGGAAAGGAUCAUGUCGGAGUCAGUGACCAAGUCGCGGCUCUUCGGCGACUGCUGUUUGGUUGGGAAAGUACGGAUACAGAAACAGGUCUGUGGUUCAAAAGAGCGGCAGAGGGAGAAGUGCCAUUGGUGAUCAACGUUAAUAAUGCUGAUAUCAUGACUACACUUCUGCUACUCAAAGGUGAAGUGGAGGACAGGAUUGGGUCUAGAAUGAGGAUGGUGUUUUCGGGAGCCACAGAAGCCCACCUUCUUGCGCCGGAAAUCAGUAACUCGGGUGUCGGUAUUAUCUUAAAUUCGUUGAAACCAUAUCCGACAACCUGGGACGGACGGAGAAUAUUGGCCGGCCCACCUGUAACGAAUGAUACCACAUUGUCUACCCUCCUGAAGCAUGGAGUGACUGUCGGAAUGGGAAUGAAGGGUCCUCAGAUGGCGCAAAUCAUGCGUUUUGACCUUGCAUCUAUUGCUUUUCAGGCUCUAAAAUCCAUGGAUAGACUCGAAGUAUUGGCGUUAGCUUCGAGAAAUCUCGAUAUCUUACUUGGUGUGAGAGAAGUCAACAGAGACGUUGUUGUUUAUGAUGGGGGUAGCUUAUUCGAUCUAUCGAGUAAAGCUAUCGCGGUCAUUUCUCCUCAGCGCCAGGGAGUCGAUAUGUUCGGUGCUUGA